AGCCUUCGUUCAGUCGCUGCUGCUACGGCAGCGGUGGAGAUUGUGGAGAGCUGCGGCAGACGGGGAAGAGAAGCCGAGAGCAAGUGACGAGAUCUUCGGCCUUCGUUCAGUCGCUGCUGCUACGGCGGCGGAGAUUGUGGAGAGCUACGGCGGACGGGGAAGAGCCAGGGGCCGAGAGCGAGUGACGAGUUGAAAGUGGGAUUUGGAUCCUUGGAGAAGGGGAAAUGGUUGGGCCUGUCUCUGUUGGGCUCCUGGGCCCAUUUUGUGGAAUCUGAAAUUCAAGCUCUCCAGUCUCCACCAGUAAUAUCCAUGGCUAAAGGGAUAAGGUGAUUAAUCAUUCAUCGUCGGCGGCGACUAGAGGUAACAGAGAAGUGACGGAGGAGAUGGAGAACAUAACGGCGAGCGAAGUGGCCGGACUUGGGGUCGGAGCAUUCCUUGUACUCGCCACCGUCGCUGCUCCGAAAAUCGAUUCCCUCAUCUCUUCUUCUCAGAGAAGUUCUCUGGGGAUGUGCAGGAAAUGUGGGGACUUAAAGAUGGUAGCAUGCUCAACCUGCAAAGGAACUGGAUUAGCCAAAGCAGGUGGCGCGCCAUUUACUUUCUUGGAUGACUUGUAUCAGUCUGUUGGUGGGGAGACAGAAGUGAACCGGGUGAAAUGUAGUAAAUGCAGAGCCAAGGGCCACUUCCACUGCCCUAACUGCUCCUAAGGCCAGUCUCUGUAAAAUUGUUGGUUACACUUGCCAAGCUUUCACCUUUACACGUUACAUAUUAUUACCAUAUGAAUUCUUUCAUCCUCCCUGUGUAAUGUUGAACCCGGGGUAAAGCCGGAUGUGGAUGCAAGUUGGUUGGAAGUAGUCUUUGCUUGUACAGACUAGUGGUAAAAUUUCUGCAGCCUUUAUAUGCAACUUUAUGGUGAACCUUACAAGUUUUGUGUAGUCUUAAACUUUCCUUGUCAAUGGAAAUUGAGACAACCCAUCUUUGGCCACAUCUUAGACGUGUGGGGGACUGGGAAUAAAGAAAGAAACAGUUGGAAGUUGAGCAAAAGAGAGGAAGUUAAGUGCAGAAAUGGUGCAAGCUGUAUUUCUCAUGCAUGAUGCAUGUUUAUCUGAGUUUUCGUUGUUGUAGUUGGCAGGAGAAAUUAUUGCCCAAGUUUGAGUAGUCUGAAAUUUUAUCAAAUAAGUGGAGGUAGUGGUGCUUUGCAUUAAGUAUGUUACGUUGUGGAUAUAGCUGUGUUGAGACUUGAGACCCUUUAUAAACCGUACUUUUUACAGAAAUUUUUUCGUUAAUCGGUGUUGGCAUCGACUACUCCUAUGGAAUGCAGGAAGUGCAGGUGUAGUGCCCUGCAUCAGAACUGAGCAUACUCCUCCUUCAUUGCUCUAGGCUGCUCCUUCCUCCAGAAGAAGAAGAAGAACCACAGCUACUCCAAGAGGGAAAGCGGGGACUACCUAGAUUAACUGAUUGAUUGGUCUAGAGAAAGGGCAACUAGAAUGCUGCUUACCACUUACCAGUCUAGGAAUACAAAUAAUUGACAAAAAUGGCGAAACAAAAACAUAAAAUGGUCUUGGGGAGGGCCACAAGAAAUAAAUUGGUAUGGGUCGUCGUUAGAUGAAUUUCACAUCGACAAAGUACGAGAAAGAUUUAUGGUUCAUAAAUAAGAAAUAGGUCUUAACUGACAAGACCCGUUUUGGGAUGAAAAUGAAAAGUUUUUAUAACUUCGAAAGUAAAUGUGCUCCCUAUGGAGCACUGCAAGAAUGAGUGACGUUAUGGGAAGUCAUCUUGUUAUGCACCACAAGGCAAAAUCUGUGAGGGUUUAGCCUCAGAGCUAACUAUAUCUUGUGGAAAAUAGUU